GAUCCAUAUACAAAUAUAUACAUAUGUAUAUAAGAGGUAGGUGUUUCGACAAAUUUCGCUCGCAAAUAAUUUAAUUAAUACUUCGAAAGGCAACUAAAGAAAAUUGGUGCAAUAAAUUAAAAUUUACAAAAGCGACAAAAUACGUGCAACUGAAAAAAAGAACAACAACUGCAAUACAACAAGGCUCACACAUACAUACACAUUCGUAGCGAAAAUCUGCUAAAAUAACAAGCGUUGAGCACUCUUGUAAAAAACAUGAGGCUGUUAAGGCGAGUAAGCAACACGCAAACGACAAAGUAAAAAUAAUAAAAAAACAACACAAAAAUUAAAAAAAAAAAACGAACUGAACAUAAAAACUUAAACCGAAAAAUAAAGCAAUAAACGAAGCAGCGCCAAACGCCAACACAGAGAUAUGCAGCCAAUAUAACGGUAUAUUCAUAGCCGGUUUUUCGCGCGUUAAAAUAAUAUUUUAGUACAGUCUGCCGUAAAAAUAUACAUACAAAUGCAAUGAAAAUACAGUGGCGUGUGUGAGCGCAGCAAAAAAUAGAAAAUGUAAAAUUAUUUAAAAAAAACGCGGUUGUAAAAUUGAGACAAUAAAUAACGAAAUACUAACGUAGAACAUUUUUAAAUUCGGCAGUAUUAUAUAUGUAUGUAUUUCAACCUAACCUCAGUAUAAGUUAGUUAUAUAUACUGCGUUUGAGUCUGUGUACAUUUAAGUUACUUUGUGUCGACUUUAUUUAAUUAAAUGUAACAAAAACAAAAACUACAACUAUUCUAAAACCAACGGCAGCGGAAAUAUAAAACAACAACAAUAGCAACAGAAAGCGCGGUAGUCGUUAUCACGCUCAUCGUCACAACCAACGUUCGCAGUCCUUAAAUCGCGGUCAAGCGCUUUCACAGGCAGAUGUAAGCGGAAUGUGGUGACAUCGGGGUGCCUCAGGUAAAGCUGCUGGAGGUCAGGGUGGUUGUGCCAGCUGCGCCAUGGGUAACAAGUUGAGCUGCUCCUGUGCGCCAUUGAUGCGCAAGGCGUACCGUUACGAGGACUCACCAUGGCAGACAUCACGUCGACGUGACGGACAUUUAUUAAGUUCAUUCAGGUUGUGGGCUGAGGUAUUUCAUGUUUCGGCUAGCGGUGCCGGUACCGUUAAAUGGCAGCAAGUAUCUGAAGAUUUGGUUCCUGUUAAUAUAACCUGCAUCCAGGAUUCACCAGAAUGCGUAUUUCAUAUAACGGCAUACAAUAGUCAGGUGGACAAAAUAUUGGACGUACGACUUGUGCAGCCAGGCACACGCAUUGGUCAAGCAUCAGAAUGCUUUGUUUACUGGAAGGAUCCGAUGACCAAUGAUACAUGGGGUCUCAAUUUCACUUCACCCAUUGAUGCAAAGCAAUUCCGAGAAUGUUGUGUAUCUUACAUUGUAAAGAAAUACUCGCCUUCUUUCAAAUUUUCACGAAAGGCCUCGUCGAGUUACUCGCUGAAAUUGGACCCGCCCGGCAAGGGAAAGAUCAAGGCCAAGCGAAAGCCGUUGAGCACACCGGCCUCGCCGUCGCGCGUACGCAGCGAACCGCAAUGCACCUGUAUGUCGGCCGAACAAUACGCACGCCUACGGACCGAUCCACGUGUACGAGGUUCAUCCACUUUGCCACGCUCCGUAGGCUCUCGCAUAACCGAUGUCGAUGUCGGUGGACAACAGAAGGUGAUGGCGAACGCCACCAGCAGCACAUCAUUGUAUGAUAAUGUAGCCGGCAGUGGCGGUGUAGGCACACAAUCUAUGAAUGCAGUUGGCGGACAGGACACUUUGGGUCGCCAAGUCAAGUCACAGGAUCCGAAUAUUGCCGCUGCAAAUGCAGGCGUUAACACGGGCACACCCAGUGUUAUGGUGUCCGGCGUUGCCACAGGCACAAAUGAUUUAUGCUCACAAAAUCAUGUUGGCUCACAGGUGGGUCCAGACGAUGGACUCAUUGGCGGUCAACAAGAUAUGGAUGUUUCGAAGAAUGAAGGCACACAAGUUGGUGGACCAUUACAUCAGAAUGUUGGCACAUCCACCAAAUCUACUGGCACACGCACUAAAGACUACGUCGAUGAAAUGACACGUGAUGCACGCGCACAUGACAUGCACCAGCACCAGCACAACAUAAUCAACAACAACACUAGACGCAAGACCAAGAGCACCGAGGAUAUGAAUGUCGACACGAGCACCCUGAAACGUAUGCUCAAGCCAAUGCCCAGCACUGAGAGUCCCGUUACAUCGCCGGAGAUGGGACGGCGCCGUUAUAAUUACUAUAAUGCCAAUGUGGCCAACACACUGGGGCCACAACAUAUGCAUCAACAUGGUGGCGGCAUGGGCGUUGGUAUGGGCAUGGUACCGGGCGGACCCGGCGGUGGUGGCAUGCAUCACAUAAUGAACAACAACAACACUAUGGGGCGAGUGAGCAGUCAGUCGUCGAGAUUCUCGGGAUCAAGAUCAUCACAUGAAAUCGGUCGCGGCUAUCCGCAACGUAAUCUCUAUUUGGAAUUGGAACGCGAACGCAGCUGCAUUGAGGGUUCGCCACCCUCCGACAACGUCAUGUUCGACAAUCAAUGCUACGCCACCACGCCCAGCUCCAGUAACGGCAAUUCCGAUCAGGAUCAAUCGUAUGGGCAACGCAAUGCCGGCGGUGGCGGUGGGGGCGGCGUCGGCGGCGGUCGCCAUUCACAUCAUCACCAGGCGCCAAAUGUCACACCCACACCCGGCAGCCCCACAUCGCGUCUACUGCUCGAAUAUGAAAUGCAUUUGCGCAACACCUUAGCCAAAGGCAUGGACGCCGAGUCGUACAGCUUGCAUACAUUUGAAGCUUUGCUCUCGCAAAGCAUGGAGAAUCUGGAACUCGCCGAAAGCCUGCCUGGAUCAACACAGCGCAGUCCAUAUCCAAUGCGUAGGCCCAGCGCCAAGUCCUCGACAUUGCCAUUGCCACCGCAUCGCCCCUUGUCUACGCUGCGCGACAAAGAGCGCGAUCGCGAGCGUGACGGUUACUAUAGCGAUCGCAAUGAACUCAUACGCGAAAGAGAACGCGAGCGUGAGCGCGAUCGUGGCUAUCUCUCCGAUCACAAUACGAGCUUUUCAACAUCACGUUGCGCCUCGUGCAUUGGUGAAUCGGCACGUGCUCAAUGGUUUCGUCACUCGGAUGGCUGGCGUUCAGGCAGCUCCACAAUUGGUUCGGGCUCUGGUCAGGGCUUAAUGUCACAACAGACUACCGGUUCGGGUCAUAAACGUUCACCAUGGGACUCGUUACCAUCAUUGCGUCAAGAUAGUAGUCUCAAUGAUUCGGGUUAUAAAAGUGCACGCGCUGAUUCGCUUGAGCAACGCGCUGAAUUCAUACGUCAAGAUAGUUUACGUUCAGAUUAUUUGAGUGACCGUGAUUCACGUUAUGGCAUUGUACAACAGGCUUCUAUCGACAGCACCGACUCGCGCAUGUGCUACUUGACAUCAUCUGAGGUAAGUGCAAUAAGAGUGAGCUUUAAAUUCUUGAUUAUAUUCCUGCCUAUACAUAUUUUUUAUCUUAAUUAAAGGUAAGUACAAUAUAUAAGUAUAUAUGUAUAUCUUCACCUAAA